AUUCGAGCAAGAAAAAUUCAGGAAGAGAAGAUGAGGAAACAGAUGCAGAAAGAAGAAUACUGGAGAAGACGAGAAGAGGAAGAGCGCUGGAGGAUGGAAAUGAGGCGAUAUGAAGAGGACAUGUACUGGAGGAGAAUGGAGGAAGAGCAACAUCACUGGGAUGACCGUCGCAGAAUACCAGAUGGAGGAUAUCCUCAUGGUCCUCCAGGACCUCUAGGCCUGCUGGGAGUUAGACCAGGAAUUCCUACUCAGCCCCACGGACCAACUCCUCUGCGCCGCCCUGACUCCUCUGAUGACCGCUAUGUGAUGACCAAACAUGCCGCUAUAUAUCCCACAGAGGAGGAACUUCAGGCAGUCCAAAAAAUUGUUUCUAUUACUGAACGUGCUUUGAAACUGGUUUCUGACAACAUGACUGAUCAUGAAAAAAGCAAGAAUAAAGAGGGAGAUGACAAAAAAGAUGGCAGUAAAGACAGAGCUUUGAAAGGAGUUUUACGUGUAGGCGUUUUGGCUAAAGGUUUGCUACUCCGUGGAGACCGAAACGUCAAUCUGGUUCUGUUAUGUGCUGAGAAGCCUUCAAAGACGUUACUCAGUCGUAUUGCUGAAAGUCUUCCCAAACAACUUGCAGUAAUAAGUCCUGAGAAAUACGAUAUCAAAUGUGCAGUCCCAGAAGCAGCAAUCAUUUUAAAUUCAUGUGUGGAACCCAAAAUGCAAGUUACUAUCACACUGACAUCUCCAGUCAUUCGGGAGGAGAACAUGAGGGAUGGAGAUGUAACCUCGGGUAUGGUGAAAGACCCACCGGACGUCUUGGACAGGCAAAAAUGCCUUGACGCUCUGGCUGCUCUACGCCACGCUAAGUGGUUCCAGGCCAGAGCUAAUGGUCUGCAGUCCUGUGUGAUUAUCAUACGUAUUCUUCGUGACCUCUGUCAGCGGGUUCCAACUUGGUCUGAUUUUCCAAGCUGGGCUAUGGAGCUGCUUGUGGAAAAAGCAAUUAGCAGCGCUACUGGACCGCAGAGUCCUGGGGAUGCACUGAGAAGAGUUUUUGAGUGUAUAUCUUCAGGAAUUAUCCUUAAAGGUGGUCCUGGCCUUCUGGACCCUUGUGAAAAAGAUCCUUUUGAUACACUUGCUGUAAUGACAGAUCAGCAACGAGAGGAUAUUACUUCCAGUGCCCAGUUUGCACUGAGACUCCUUGCAUUCCGUCAAAUACACAAAGUUUUAGGAAUGGAUCCGUUACCACAGAUGAAUCAGCGCUUCAACAUCCAUAAUAAUCGUAAAAGGAGAAGAGACAGUGAUGGGGUUGAUGGAUUUGAAGCAGAGGGGAAAAAAGACAAAAAAGAUUAUGAUAACUUUUAAAAGUGUUUGUCAUCAGUGCUAGGAUAAAGGGUGAUAAAAAGUCCAUUUGUUGCCUUCCUUUUACUUCAUUCAUAAUA